GGUUAUUAGCUGAAGAUGAGGAGUCAGAUUCGCUUAGCACAGUGGCCUGUCAAGAGCUACUGCCGGCAGGUCACCACCAGCGCCAGGCACCGACAAGCGGCUGAUGGACCUUUGGACAGUGCCAAACUACCACCCCGCUCAUGCCCAGUCCAAGGCCACCGUGCCCGGUCCACGCACGCGGCCCUGGACACUUCAGUGUUCGAAACGGUGACCCCUUCGUCCAUCAGACCGUGGGAGGAGGUUCCUGGACCUAAACCUCUACCGCUGGUUGGGAAUACUUGGAGAUUCGCGCCCUAUAUUGGUAACUAUUCAGUGGAACAGGUAGACAAAGUGUGUCUGACACUCCGGGAACAAUAUGGGAAGUGCGUCAAGAUAGCAGGUCUACUCGGCCGUCCGGAUAUGCUCUUCGUUUUUGACGCGGCAGAAGUGGAAAGGGUGUUCAGAUCUGAAGACGGAGCUCCUCAUAGACCAUCAAUGCCUUCGUUGAAUUACUACAAGCACGUUUUGAGAAAAGAUUUCUUUGGCGCCGAAGAAAAUUGCGCAGGAGUCAUUGCCGUGCACGGCGAUUCAUGGUCCGCGUUUCGCACAAAGGUCUCGCGAGUUGCACUGAGCACCAGUGCUGCCGCACAGUAUACGGUGGCCGUUAGUGAAGUUGCGGACUCCUUUAUAAACAGAUUGCGCGAAAUCAGAAAAGAGGACAACGAAACGUCAGAGGACUUUUUAAAUGAAGUUCACAAGUGGUCAUUAGAAUCUCUCGGUCUAAUAGCCCUGGAUACCCGCCUCGGCUGCUUCCACGCAUCCUCUGGCUCAGAAAGCCAGCGUCUAAUCGACGCCGUCAACACAUUCUUCCUCUGCGUUGGACAACUAGAACUCAAGGCGCCCUGGUGGCGAUUGUGGAACACUCGCAUGUUUAAGCAAUACGUUAACGCUCUUGAUACUAUCCUCAGUGUAACUCUAAGCCACGUGGAGAGAGCACUGGAGGAAAGCAAGGCCAGCUCGAACAAGUCUCUGCUGCAGGAUUUAGUGGCUGCUGCCGGCACCAGGGUAGCUGCUGUGGCGGCUUUGGACAUGUUCCUAGUUGGGAUAGAUACGACCUCAAACGCCGUGGCCUCAACUCUCUACCAAAUCUCGCUUAGACCACAUGUACAAGAGAAAAUCUACAGUGAGGUCUCACAAGCACUUCAAGGAAGGGACUUGAAGCCUGGAGACAUCAACCAGAUGCCGUACCUUAAAGCGUGCGUUAAGGAAGUAUUAAGAAUGUAUCCAGUAGUCAUCGGCAACGGUCGACAACUGACUAAAGACACAGUUAUCUGCGGGUACAAUGUUCCUAAAGGGACUCAAGUGAUCUUCCAACACUACGUAAUGGGCAACAGCGAAGAAAACUUCACCAACGCCGCUGAGUACCGCCCAGAGCGCUGGCUCAAGCGGUCGCCGCUGGACAAACACAACGCCUUCGCGUCGCUGCCGUUCGGCUUCGGCCGGCGCAUGUGUCUCGGCAGGAGGUUCGCCGAGCUGGAGAUACAUACCGUCAUUUGUAAGAUGGUGCAGGCGUUCAAAAUGGAAUACCACCACGAGCCCCUAGACUACCAUAUUCAUCCUAUGUACACACCUAACGGACCUAUUCGGAUCAAGCUUAUUGACCGUGAAAGUAUUUAGGGCGUAGCUAUAGCUUAGCCCUUAGCUUAAUACCUAAAGUCAGUUUAAUACUAUUUGAAACGGUCCGUUUAAAAUAGUUGACGAUCGAUUAAUCGUGGUGACUCGUUUUUAAUCAUUUAAGUGUUUGAGUAUCACAGAAGUUCUGUAGUAUCUGAAAGUCCAUAAUGGAUGUACUGACAAACGUAGUUCAGCCAAAACUACGAGAUUUUUUCAGCAAUCAAAUUUUAUUAGCAUUAGGGUUUGAUGUAAAUAUCAAAUGCUAUUCGCGCGAUCGCUGCGUACCUUUUGUUAUGUGUCACUUAUGUUUAUUCAAUGAAAUAUGAUUCUUAACGAAUUUAUUUUUACAAUUUUAAUUUAUAAAUCGAAUUUAAUAAUGUGUUUAAUUGAAUAAUUCAAUCCUUAUAUUUUAUUAUAAUGUUAUUAUAAUAUAUACGAACUGAAUAAUGAUUGACAUGUAAUAUUUAAAAAUAUUAUGAAUAAAUGUCUAUGUCUAUGCCUAUUGCCAAUAAGCUCUUAUAUAAUAAUACUUAAUCUUCAAAAUACCAAGUAAGCCCAUGAAAAUGUUGUAACAAAUGUACUUAGAACUGUCAUCAUGAGGCCUUUAACAUCUCGACUAAUGAUUUAUGCAGCGUCUGUAUGCGAGGGACAAUGUCUCUCGUUGGCUGUAUUGUAUAUCGCGAUGGAUGGACUUAAAACUAUCACAUAUCACAUCAAAAAAAGAAUUGCUCUCUGUAGACUUAUUUUGUAGUGUGGAUUACAUAGGUAUUACAUAACUAUUAAAUACAUAGAGUAGACA